UAUAAAUUUGCCAUUCAUUCAACAGCUAGCAGGCCUCUGAAGUGAACAUGAGAAAAUCUCUUGUCUACCUGGCAAAAUCUUUCUCGAAGGCCAACAUUCAAAGGAUUUAAACCUCAACUUAGCAAAAUGUCUGUCAAGCGCCAUAAUGCACAAGAGAAAAAGGAUGUUGACGACGGUGGAGGAGGAAGGUCGACUGUUGCUUGUGAUUUACAAGCACCUGCAACAGGUCAACCUGUGCGUAACGCCUGCACGAUAUGUACAAAUAAUGCAUUUGGUGGAGGAUCAUGUGGUGAAAGCAACAUUCCAUUUACAGCUCCAGCUCCUGUUCUAAUAGACAUGAAUGAUGGAAGAUGGAGAGGACCGAUGAUGGGCCCACCUCCGACCCUUGGAGGAGGAUGGGGUGGUUGGCGAGGAGGAGGAGGAGGAGGAGGAGGACAUGGCGUGGAUAUCGGAAGUGGCAAUUAUGGUGCUGAAGGGAAUGAUGUCAUAAUCCGCAACGUGCUUGGAAGUAUAUCAAAUAUUUCCGAGAGUACGCAGAUUGGAAGCCACAACAUCUCUGACGCUGAUAAUGCCGUGCACAUUGAUCUGUCUGCUGAUCACCACAGUCGACAGACUGCAGAUAGCGAUGCUGAAGGCACAAGAGAAGCGAAGGAUGCUCAUCAUCCAACAAGCGAGCCUUGAGUAGAUGCCACUGCUUAUUCUAGCUUCGUAUGAACAAAAAACAGGAAUAAAAAGUUUGGAAGUUAAAAGUCUGUAAAAAGGAAAUGAUGCCCUCCUUAAAACACGUUAUUACUUCCUCUUUCAUCUUAAAUGUUGUUUGUUUUACGGAGCUCCUUCAGUCAUCAGCCCCAGAUGCUGAAAAUUUUGAAAUUUAUUUGCAAUAGACACCCUUGAUUACGAUCAAAUUAAAAAGCUACACAAAAUACAUCGCUCGCACUCAGAUUUCUAGUACAAUCAAAGACAAGUGUUAAACAAACAUACGUACACAAAUAUAUAUUGCAUAUACUCAUAGCCCUUGCGAUCAAACAUUUCCAAAAUAUGCUCCAGUUCACCACCGACGCCUUCGAUAACUAGUUGAUGGUUCAGGCGUUUUCACGCGGAUCACAUUGUCCCUGCCUGAAUAAUUUC